AUGAACGACGAAGCUGUGGCUUUUGGCCAGGCUGUUCAAGUUGUAGACCCCGAUGUCCGCGCACACGUUUAUAGUCUAGUCACUGCGUUGGGUGGAUUUAACGGCGAAGAUGCGGACCGAUACGUACUUGGAGACGAUGCACUGGCUUGCUUGCGUGACAUUAGGCGCUGGCUGAAAUUGUACGACGAGAAGUAUCACCGCAUGGAUGUUGCUAGGUGCCUUGGAGAAGCGAAUUUGGUUAACGGGGACCUGCUACCGAUUUUUUCGCUGUGGUGGAGCACUGGCCAAAAGAGUAAAUAUAUGUCCAGGAUCGCAUUAGCGUGCUUGGAAUUGCUAGUUCCGUUGACCUGGCCAUUGGAAGUCCACGGGGAGAUGACUGUCAACCAUCACCGACAUUUUCCAUACUUGCAGCACGCUCAAGUCUCUUAUAAACGAGGUCUUCUGAGCCGUGGUAAUCUCAAUUUCCUUCGAACCAUUAUCCGAAUUGGCCUUCCUAGCAUGGCCGUUCCACGGCCUGAACGAACAGCACGGGACGAUGGUAUUCUCAAACUUAUGCUCUAUUUGCUACGAAAUAUCGUAGUGAUCACCCCAAGUGCUCGUCUUGCAGCGGAUGGUGAUGAGGAGGAGACUUCUAGAUCUGCGACUAUCAAUACCUUUCAAGCUCAAGACGUAUUUGCUCUCAUUCUUACCAUGUGUUCCAACGUUGGCGAUGACUUCAAUAUGCAAGAUGUGGUUCUCCUCGAAAUACUGUUCCACCUGGUGAAGGGUGUCAAUGUUGAGAAGCUAUUCAUGGAUGAUGCCCAGCGAAGCGCAAAACACACAGACGAACUAGAUACCUUGCUGAGGCAGGAGUCAUCUAUGCGGCGGGAGUACGCCAAAAAUGCACCCACUCGACACGGACGAUUCGGAACUAUGAUUUGGGUCAAACGUGACGAUGCUAAGGUGUCUACUGUCUCAGGGCAAGACGUCCUCAAAGAUAGCCAAGCAACGUUCCAGAAAAUGGAUGAAAGCAAGAAGUGGAACAAGCCCCAACCACGCAGAAAACAUGAAGAUUCACUUCUCAACAAUGACUUUAGUACGCCGACCCAUCUUAACUCCACAGCAUCAAGAAACCUGCGGAUGUUUGUUGAAGAAUUUCUCGACUCUGGAUUCAAUCCUUUAUUCACCCACGUCCGGAAGGCCUUGGAACGAGAAGCCGAUCGUAUCGUGCCUAUCAAUUCUCGUCAAUUUUUCUAUACCGUCGCCUGGUUUCUGGAUGCCGAACGCGCACGCCGUGCGCGCCAAAAGGAGAUGCAGUUACAGAAUGAAAAGUCCAUAAAAGAUUUGGAACCGGAUGGUUUUGGGCUUGUCGCUAGUGUACUUGAUCAAGAAACUCUCGUAUUCCUAAACCGAUCUAUGCAAAAUAGUUUCGACCAAAAAGACUGGGAAGACCUACAUGCGGAAAUGCGCUGCUUCACGCAAAUCUUGCUAACUGUGCAAGAAAUGACACAGUCGCUCCUUGAGGAAGAUCAGGAAAUUGCUGAGAACAUUCAGAAUCGGAUAUCUACGAAGAAACAACUCAUGACCGUGUGCUUGCUAUUAUGCGAGAAUGUCGACAUGCAAGUGCGAUCUCGGCGGCGAGCCAGACGCAAAAACAAAGAAACUCGAGUAGCAGCACCUGAAGAUAACAACGAAGAGCAUGUAUCCGAUGAUGAAGACAUCAUGGAGGCCGAACGAAUUUGUAGGGAGCGUAAGUUCGACUUCAAGCGCUUUGCUGCCAAGUUUUGCAACCAAAAGUGUGUCGACACCUUUGUUGCUUUCACGAAGUUCUUUAGGGAACUUAACUUGGACCAAUUAAAACGUGCCCAUCGCUAUUUCUAUAGGGUCGCCUUCAAACAAGAAAUGAGCGUCCUGUUAUUCCGCAUUGAUAUACUCAACCUUUUCUACACAAUGAUUAAAGGACCUGGCGCCAUGGAUUCAAGUAAACCAAUCUUCAAGGAGUGGGAAGAGCUAAUCCGACAAGUCAUCAGACGAAUGAUAAAGAAGAUCGACCAGCGUCCCGCCCUUAUUACUGAGUUGCUCUUUAGCAAAAUAAACUCGACACUAUUCUACCUAGAAUAUGGUCAUGAGAGACAAACCCUACCCCCGGUGAGAAAGGCACCAGCUGAGCUUGAAGUCAAUCCCAGUGAAGCAACGACGCAAGUGGAAAAGAUAAACAUUGUAGUCGGUGCACUGGUCAUGGAUGAGCAAACCGAUUUGGUCGCGUGGGCCCCUAAUCCGAUGAUUGCUGUCCAACCUCGCGACGAUGCAUGUAAACAGGCGAUGUACUUCAACGCCAGGCUGCGUCUUCUCAUGACUGUAGUGGGAUUUGAGCGACUGGGAAUGGAAGAUGUUGUCGGAGCGUCCUGGAUUGUGCCGUCGUCACAAGGGUCAAAAGAUCUCCGAGAUAUUAAAUCGACGAUCGAUAAAUGUCUUGAGGAUCCAUACACGGGAGACAUUGAGCAUGAUCCUCGGCAGAUGCUUCGGCGCAGAUACCAACCCGAUAAUAAGGAGCACAAUCGCCAAACUACAUUUAAUGUUGACUUUGGAUCUGAAUCAGAAGGUGAAGAUGUCCCGGAUGGGCCUCUUUUCCCACCAAACCCUCCGUCGAAAGCGAACGCGCUCAAUGAAUUAAAAAAGCGUCGCAAGAAUCGCGAAGAAGUUGAUGAGCGCGAGCUGAUAGACGAAGAUACUCUGGAAGCGCGUCGCAAGGCGCGCCAGGAGAACACAAGAGCCCGUCUAGCCAAGAUCAAAAGUGAACUGUUCGUUCAUGCCAGUGAUGACGAAUCCGACGAGGAGGCCGACAAAGAAUUCUUUGAUCUCGAGGAGAAAAGGCGAAAAGAACAAGCUGCGCGAGUCAGAAAGGCAUUGCUUACUGGCGUUGUAGACGAGAUCGGCCGUAAAGCGAACAAUCAGAGCGAACGCAAACGACGAAGCAACCCUGGGAGUUCUGGCACGCAAAGUAAACGGCAACGGCGCGGCCAAACAACAGAAGCAUUCGACGAAGAUGAUGACAUUACUAUGGGUGGUACUCUUGCUCGCUCGCCUGGCCAUGCGACUGAAGACGACGAAGAUGCUCCUGCCAUGUCGGAUGAAGACAAUGAGUUUGAUUUCGACGACAAUCUAGCCUUCCGUCGAGAUCUGGAUCUAGACAAGGAGCCAGAAUCACCUAGUCACAAGGAAGAUAUGCAACCAAGCGGUAUACGUGAGCCAAGAGACAGUGACGAGAACGCCCCGGCGACUACCUUGGCUCGAAGGCGGUUGCGAGCGGGGUUUGUGAUUGACAGCGAUUCUGAAUAA